AUGCGCAGACGAUCCUCUCUGCGAUCCACGAGUCUCGGCCAGGAAUACGACCUCGGCUACUGUGACGGCGCUACGGUCACAGAGGAGAAGCUCCUCUUCCUCGUCGAGGAGGUGGCCGGUCGGCCCUUGAAGGUCAGGAGCCGCAAGGCCGCCACUGAUACUCCGCAGGACGAGACCCGCCUGGCCUGGCGGUCGGUCCGAACUUAUGUCACCGCAAUCACGGAUCUUUACCGGACGCAGAAGGCCCUCGGAAUGAAUACGCACCCGUCGCCGCGCGAGGACAACUUUGCCGGGGAGGGCUCGACCCGGUGCAUGCCGCUCAUCUUUACGACACGAGCCGGCAAGCAGAACCAGCACGGCCGCCUCGAGACCGCCGGCGCGUAUCGGAAUAGGAACCCGCUAAUCUGCAUCCUGGGUGGCCUCUCGUUCUACCUCUUGUAUCGUUGGGAUCUCGGUAGUGAGCCGUUUCCCGAUUUCAGCAGGCGGUCCUCGUGGUACGACAUCCGGCUAAUCAAGGGUAACGGCACCGGCCGGACGGCGGCUUUCUCGUACAACUCACAGCGCGAGUGGGUUGUCAAGGCCUUCGCCUACGCCGGCGUCACGUCGCAGAAGAAGACGCAUGAGCAGAUGGUCGGCUGUUACCUGAACUCGUUGCCUCGCAAGUUCAUGCGUACGAUGGCCGGGCACCCGCCGCAGGCCGGAUGCUUCGAGAUACGCCGUGCCGGCGUGACGCCGCCGGAGGUCCUGCUCUCGAUGAUCUGGCCCGAGCCGGACAGUUGGCGAGGCCGGUUCGGUCCCGGUACCGAGCAGGAGAACGACCUGGCAGCGAUGGCCCCGUUUGGAACCACCCGGUCUUCCGGCAUCCGGCCUACGCCCCGUUCGCGCACCAGCUAUCGGACUUCGUCCUUGAAGAGGAGCGUCCAAGCCAGCUUGCAGUCCUAG